UAUUUAUUUAGACAGAAAUAGACUGUUAAACAAUCAAUCAAUAUUUGAAAAGAAACUUAACUUUAAAGAACUUGAUAUCAUAUUUUUAAUUUCAUACAAAAUGAAAUUAAAAUAUUAUAAUCUCAUAAUUGAAAAGUACCGUGAGCUUAAAAAGCGAGAUUGUUUGGCAGAACUUUCGAAUUAUUUUUCGAAUGUGCCUUUUGAAACUUUGCAAAGCAUAAUUUAUCAAGAGCGUCAAAGAAAAACAAGAAAAACGUAUCAUUUGCAUUCAGCAACUGAUCAAGUGGCUGCUUAUUAUGAAAGGUAUUUAAAAGAGUCCCAAAACUCUUAUGGAAAAUGUGGGUUUUUACUAAAAAUGGCUGAUGAGGUUGAUUUGUGUCCUGCUUUAAUGGCUAAACUGAUUUUAAAUUAUCACUAUAAGAAGAAAUCUACUGAAGAAGAAAAUGAUGAAAAAGAAAAUAUAGUGAGAAUGAAAAUUUCUUCUAUGAUGAAAGAUUCUUCAACCAUAGCAGAUCCAGGUUUAGCUGCUGAAAUAAGAUUGUGUGUAUUAGCAGAUGAAGUUUAUGGAUCUAUAUCAGAUGUCAUAAGAACUACUGUAGGAUUUGAGUAUGAGAUAAAAUUGAAAGAAGAACUUACACAUUUAGGAAUUUCGUUCAUUGAUGAAAAACAGUUACGAGAAAAGGGCUAUGAUAAAACACCAGAUAUUAAGCUUGAUACACCUAUAGUUAUUGAUGGUCAUAUUAUUAACUGGGUGGAAAGCAAAGCCUCUUUUGGUGAUGAAGAUCGUCACAAAGAAUAUCUCCGGGAUCAAUAUUGGUGUUAUUGCAAUAGAUUUGGUCCUGGUUUAGUUAUUUAUUGGUUUGGAUACAUUGAAGAGUUAAACUGCAACAAAGAGCAAGGAAUACUUAUAAGUGAUAUUCUUCCCACAGCAAUUACCUUCAUGAAUCCUAGUAUUUUAAACAGACAGAUUGAAGAUUUAAGAUUAUUGUAGCAGGAAUACAGAACUUUUAUUUCCAUGCAAUUAUUUAUUUAUUGUAAUUACUUUUUUUAAAAUAAAGAAUAAAUCUAAUUUUAUUUCACUUAAUUGCUUCAGACAUUUUGAUUAAAUUAUUUUUAGACUAAUAAGUAAAAUUUUAGAGUAAUAAAAUUGUAAUUAUUAUUAAUUGUAAAAUCACUAUUUUAAUAAACUUAUAUGAAAUUUAUUUUAAGGAACUCUACUUCAUUAACUAAUUCUAGCUUUUAUGCCAUAUAUUAUACUUUUCUACAAUUUUAUAAAAUUCAUAUUCUUUUUCUUCAUGAGCCACUCAUAUUUUCCUCGUUGACAGUGUUAAUAAGCGUUGCCUGUUUAGUAACUUAAAACUAGAUGUAAAGAAACAUUUGGUAUUUUAAAUUAAUCUUUAGAACAUAGCAAACAUUUUUUAAAAAAACUAUAAAUUUUUAAACUAUAAAGAAUCUUUAAUUUCAAAUUUUGCUUGAUUAAAUAAAUUCAUAUUCUUUCUUUUUCUUCAUGACCUAUACAAAAUUCAUAUUCUAUUUCUCUUCUUCAAAGACGAUCAAACAACAUCUACAUUUUUCAUCCUCUCUCUCAUUCAAUUUAAUUCUCUAUUUCUCCUUUUGAUUGCAUGUUUGCAGAGAAAAUUUUUAUAUUGACUGUGAUUUACAAGAAGUUAAUGCUAAUUUUUUGAUGCAAAGAAACUUUUAUUCAGAUUUGCAAACAUGGAUUUAUACUUCCACAUGCAUUCAUGAUUUUAAUUUGAAUUUUACUGCAAAAAAAAAAGCCUAAAAAUAAAUUUUUCUGCCAUUGCCUGUAUUUUAUUAACUUAGAAAUCCUUGAGUUACACAAUAUUUUAUUUCUUGCUUAUUACAAUAUUGCCAAGAACUGUCCAAAUUAAAAAUGUGCACAAAACAAUAAUAAAAAAUUGUGAUAUAUUA